AUGAAAUAUUUUGUGUCACUUUUUAAUUUUUUCAUAUGUUUUCUCUUAAUAUUUAAAUAUUCACAAAAGAAUAUAUUAGAGAAAAGCCGUCAAGAUAAAUUGAACAAAUCGAUCAUAACAAAAUAUAUAAAAACAAGAACACUAACAGAAAAUUAUAAACAAUGUGACAUUAAAUAUAUGAAUACGUCAAUAUUCAGUGGAAAUAAAAAUCCACAAAAAAGAGAAGAAAAAUUAGAGGAAAAAAAGAAAGAACAGAAAGAAAAAAAAAAGGACAAUACAAAAGAAGAUAAUGAUAAUAAUAAGGAAAAUGAGACAGAAAAGAAUAUGGAAAAUAAAAUAGAAAAUCAUUUAGAAGACCAUAUAGAAGACCAUAUAGAAGACCAUAUAGAAGACCAUAUAGAAGACCAUAUAGAAGACCAUAUAGAAGACCAUAUAGAAGACCAUAUAGAAGACCAUAUAGAUGACCAUAUGGACGACCAUAUGGAUGAUGUACUAGAACAUCAUAAUUCACUAGAAGAUAGCAUAAAAGAAUAUUAUGAAUUUACAGACCCAUCAGUUGAUGAAGAAAAUAAAUCAUUUUUUAAAAAACUUAAAUUCAUUUUGAAUAUGUUAGAUGAUGUACAUUCAGAUUUAUUAGUAAAUAAUCAUCUUAAAAAUGGAAGUAUUUUUUCACCAGAAUUUGUUCCUAUAAGUGUUUUAUCAACUAUGACUGUAGCCUUUCCACCUAUAGGAACUUGGACUCUUCCUUAUAUUUCUAGGACUAUAAAUUUUAUGACUAAAUAUAAAGGAGAAAAAAUUUACACAGAACAUGAGUCAAAAAAAAAAUUAAAAUGA